AUGCGGUCUUUGACAUUUGCUGCCACUCUCGUUGUAGCAAUUCUGGGCAUACACAUAGCGGUAGCUCAGAAAGUCGAGGCGUUGCCAGCAUGUGGAGGGAAAUGCUUACUCGACAUCAUUUCCAUGUCGCAGUUUUCGCACCAGUCCAAACAGGAGUUGUGCGAUAAUACCGAAUUCAUCAAGGCAAUAGGUGCCUGCCUGAGAGAGAACUGCAACACUGCAGAGACGCAAGUGGUUUUGGAUGCUGCGGCUAAAAAGUGUGAUGUACCUGCUCAAAACAGCAGCCUAACACUGCGUCUUUCGAGUCUGGUGAUAUUUGGUGCUGCGUUGGGCGCAUUUAUUCUCAGAAUAAUAUCCAAGUGCCUGUACAAAUCCGAAUGGGGCGCCGACGACACAUUCAUGUCACUUGCUGCAUUCCUUAUUCUCCCCCUUGUUGUUCUUCUCCAAUUGAUGGUUUCGAAUGGACUUGGCCAUGAUCUACGUACAAUUAAGAAUGAGAAACUUGUCUUUUGCUUCAAAAUGUUCUUUUUUCAACAAAUAACAUAUUUCAUCGUCCUCGGAUUAGUGAAGGCUUCGAUUUUGGCUUUCUACCUUCGGAUCUUCCCAGACCACAAGUUCCGAAUCGUGGUCUGGUGUACUCAAUUCGUCAAUCUUACUUCAGCUGUUUUAUAUGUCGUUUUAUUACUUCUUCAGAAGAACCCAAUUUCGUUGAACUGGACGGGAGCAACUGAUUCAUACCCACAUGGCAAUGUGUUGAGCGACAAGCUCUUGUACCUGACUCAUGGCAUUCUGAGUAUGGCACUGGACAUUUGGAUGGUGAUAUUACCUCUUACCCAGCUAUACCACCUGGGACUCAAGCUGCGGAAGAAAAUCGGGGUGAUGUCUAUGUUUAGCUGCGGGAUCUUAAUCAUCGGAACCAGCGGAACCAGAUUUUACUAUCUGGUAAAGUACCAAGUAGCGAGAGACGCUGAAGAAGCUGUAAAAGCAGUUAUGUGGGCUUACAUCGAGUUGUGCAUAGGUGUUGUGGUGGGCUGUAUGCCUAAUAUUCGGCAAUUGACGCGAAGAGCCCACACGUUUAUAACAUCACGAAGGGGCCACAGCAAUACGGAUCCAGAGCAGACCAGCGGUAUCUUCAGGACACGGUCGCUGGAGUAUGUAUCUAACGAUAUGACCGCCGUUGGAUCAGAAAAGGAAGCAGGUGUUAUAGGUAGUAGUUGCAAGUGA